AUGAAACUGCGAUGGGUUGGGCUCCUUCUUGGAGCUUCCAUUGGCGGUGUCAAUGGUAUGGCCGAAUACAUGGCCGAAGCCAUGAGAGGCGAGCGUGUUAGUGGCUUUGCCAAGGUCGACAAGCCUACCUGGGAACCCCAGUUCGUGGACGAGUCACCACCAUACCAAGGGCACCGAAUUCCCCGUCAAGAUUGGAAGGUGACUUGCAGCAGCUCUGUUCGCGGCUACGCAUGCAAGAACGCUAUCGACGGAAAGAGCAAAACUGCCUGGCGCAGUGAUCCCUCCAGCAAGGGUCACACUUAUAUCGUUGAUCUGGGAGCCUGGUACCAAGUCAGCGCUGUCGUUGUUCUCCCUCCCACGGAAACGGGCGUUGAAGGCCUCAUCACCCAGCACAAGAUCUGGACCAGUGAUGACCAUGAGACAUGGAAGGGUCCCGUCGCAUAUGGCAUGUGGCCCAACACAAACAGGCAGCGAAUGUCCGCAUUCGAGCCUUCGACGACUCGUUACGUGCGCAUCACCACCGAGUCCGACGAUGCGAACCCAUGGGUUGGUAUCUCCGAGUUGAACAUCUACGGUGUCCUCUAUACCAUUCCCCGUGACCCUGCUCUUGGUGUCUGGGGACCAACCCUCGACUUCCCCAUCGUGCCUGUCUCCGGUGCUCAGGAGGGAUCUGGCAUGCUCGCUCUUUGGUCCUCUUGGGAUGACGAUCAGUUCCACUCCACCCCCGGCGGAAAAACCGUUAUGACCCGCUGGAACCCAUUGACUGGCGAGGUCACCAAGCGCACUGUCACGAACACUCACCAUGACAUGUUCUGCCCCGGAAUCUCUUAUGAUGGAACCGGUAUGAUGGUUGUCACUGGUGGAAACGAUGCCUCGGAGACCAGUGUUUAUGACGCUGCUCACGACGAGUGGUUCCGUGCCAGCGAGAUGCAACUCCGUCGUGGUUACCAGGCAUCUACCACUCUUUCCGACGGUCGUGUCUUCGUCAUCGGAGGAUCCUGGGCUGGUGGCUCCAACGUCGCCAAGGACGGCGAGGUCUAUGACCCAGCGACACAGAACUGGACCAUGCUCGCAGGUGCGACGGUCCGCCAGAUGCUGACGGAAGAUAUGGAAGGCCCGUGGCGUGCGGACAACCAUGGCUGGCUCUUCGGAUGGAAAGACCUCAGCGUCUUCCAGGCUGGACCUAGCAAGCAGAUGAACUGGUACUCCGCCCAUGGCAAUGGUAGCGUUCAGGAAGCAGGACGCCGUAUGGAUGACGAGGAUUCCAUGUCCGGUAACGCUGUGAUGUUCGAUGCUAUCAGGGGCAAGAUCCUCACCAUUGGUGGUUCCCCCGACUAUGAUAAGUCGCCAGCUAGCCCUGCCGCACACAUCAUCACCAUCGGUGAACCGGGACAGAAGCCUCAUGUCCAGCUCGCCGGAAAGGGCGAGAUGCAUUUCGACCGUGUGUUCCACACCUCCGUGGUUCUCCCCGAUGGAACCGUCUUCAUUGCUGGUGGUCAGGCCUACGGUGUCGCCUUCAACGAGGAGAACGUCAGAUUCAUUCCCGAAAUCUAUGACCCCAAGACCGAUACCUUCACCAAGAUGCAGCAGAACAACGUCGUCAGAGUGUACCACACCGUCUCGAUCCUACUGCCCGAUGGCCGCGUCCUCAACGCAGGCGGUGGUCUUUGCGGCAACUGCACCGCCAACCACUACGACGGUCAAAUCUUCACUCCUCCCUACCUCCUCACUGCCGAUGGUCAGCCCAAGCCCCGCCCUGAGAUUGUCUCUGGUAUCCAGGACACAGCCGUCAUUGGCCAAACUCUCCGAUUCAAGACCUCAGGGCGUAUCGUAUCAGCUUCUUUGAUCCGUCUGGGCACUGCCACUCACACUGUCAACACUGAUCAACGCCGCAUUCCCCUUGACGUAUCGCCGACCUCAAUCUUUGGCAGCAACUGGAAAGUGAGAUUGCCCGCUGAGCCUGGCAUUCUGAUCCCCGGAUACUGGAUGCUCUUCGUCAUUGAUGCGGAGGGUGUGCCUAGUGUUGCGAAGAUUAUGAUGAUCAGUGUCAACAACCGGAAUACGAUUGGAUCCUCCGACGAUGAUUACGACAUCGAGAAAGAACACUACUUUGGUUCGUCGUUGAGGAUGGAGUUGGUCAAAAGGUGGUUCUCAUAA